AUGAUGGAUAUGUCAAACUCCCUAUGGACGGUCGUCAAUUGGCUGCUUAGCUACAAGCCGAUCCUGCUCAUGGUCCUGAUUAUAUUGCUGUUGCUUAGCAACUGGCUGGUCAAGCAAGAAGUCUGGCCAAACAAGGUGAAGCAUGAGACGGAAGUCGACAAGAUGCACGCCUGCUUUGCUGUCCAAGACAAGCUCAUGGAGAGGCUCAUGUUUAACGAGAUGAAGCUGAAAGUGUUGGAGAACCAGAUGUUCAUUGUUUGGAAUAAAAUGAACCGCAGGAAAAGGUCUUGCCGUUACAAGAUCCCUUCCACAGCCAAGUACCACUGCAGGAGAAAUGGCGUCUCCUCUGCCUCGGGCUUCAGCUCCAAUUCCCACGGACCUUGCUGA